CUCCCUCCCUCGUUCCCUUCUGCCUUAUCACCGCCUUCCCCCUCCACCAUCCUCUCACCACCUCCAGGCCCCGCCCCGGCCCUCCAGGCCCCGCCCCGGCCCUCACACCCCGUCUCCUCCGUGCAGUCGCCCCGGAGCUGUACGGGUGUACUGCGUGUUGCUGCGUCAUCGCCAGUGGCCGGUUUGAAUGAGACUCUCGUCGCACUGAAGCCGCCGCCACUACCGCGCCUCCGCCUCGGCCGCCGCCACAGCUGCUUCUGGUCCCAGUCCCUUAGCCGCCUGUACCAGGCCCAGCCCUCCUGCGCCACUGCCUCCUGCCGCUUCCAGCUAUGCCGCUCUACUCCGUUACUGUAAAAUGGGGAAAGGAGAAAUUUGAAGGUGUAGAAUUGAAUACUGAUGAACCCCCAGUGGUGUUCAAGGCUCAGCUGUUUGCAUUGACUGGAGUCCAGCCUUCCAGACAGAAAGUUAUGGUGAAAGGAGGAACGCUAAAGGAUGAUGAUUGGGGAAACAUCAAAAUAAAAAAUGGAAUGACUCUACUAAUGAUGGGGUCAGCAGAUGCUCUUCCAGAGGAACCCUCAGCUAAAACUGUCUUUGUAGAAGACAUGACAGAAGAACAGUUAGCAUCUGCCAUGGAGUUACCAUGUGGAUUGACAAACCUUGGUAACACUUGUUACAUGAAUGCUACAGUUCAGUGUAUUCGUUCUGUGCCUGAACUAAAAGAUGCCCUUAAAAGGUAUGCAGGUGCCUUGAGAGCUUCAGGGGAAAUGGCUUCAGCGCAGUAUAUUACCGCAGCCCUUAGAGAUUUGUUUGAUUCCAUGGAUAAAACUUCUUCCAGUAUUCCACCUAUUAUUCUACUGCAGUUUUUGCACAUGGCUUUCCCACAGUUUGCUGAGAAGGGUGAACAAGGACAGUAUCUUCAACAGGAUGCUAAUGAAUGUUGGAUACAAAUGAUGCGAGUAUUGCAACAGAAAUUGGAAGCCAUAGAGGAUGAUUCUGUUAAAGAGACAGACUCUUCAUCUGCAUCAGCAGCUACACCUUCUAAAAAGAAAAGCUUAAUUGAUCAGUUCUUCGGUGUUGAGUUUGAAACUACCAUGAAAUGUACAGAAUCUGAAGAAGAAGAAGUCACCAAAGGAAAGGAAAAUCAACUUCAACUUAGCUGUUUUAUCAAUCAGGAAGUCAAGUACCUUUUUACAGGACUUAAAUUGCGACUUCAGGAAGAAAUCACCAAACAGUCUCCAACAUUGCAAAGAAAUGCCUUGUACAUCAAAUCUUCCAAGAUCAGCCGGCUUCCUGCUUACUUGACCAUUCAGAUGGUUCGUUUUUUUUAUAAAGAGAAGGAAUCUGUAAAUGCCAAAGUUCUUAAGGAUGUUAAAUUUCCUCUUAUGUUGGAUAUGUAUGAACUGUGUACACCAGAACUUCAGGAGAAAAUGGUGUCUUUUCGAUCCAAAUUCAAGGAUCUAGAAGAUAAAAAAGUGAAUCAGCCAAAUACAAGUGACAAAAAGAGUAGUCCCCAGAAAGAAGUUAAGUAUGAACCCUUUUCUUUUGCUGAUGAUAUUGGCUCCAAUAAUUGUGGAUACUAUGACUUACAAGCAGUACUAACACACCAGGGAAGGUCUAGUUCUUCAGGACAUUAUGUAUCAUGGGUGAAAAGGAAACAAGAUGAAUGGAUUAAGUUUGAUGAUGACAAAGUCAGCAUCGUAACACCAGAAGAUAUCUUACGGCUUUCUGGUGGUGGAGACUGGCAUAUCGCUUAUGUUCUACUCUAUGGGCCUCGCAGAGUUGAAAUAAUGGAAGAGGAAAGUGAAUAGUGAUCUUCAUUUUAGUUAUUUAUGCUUAGAUGUGAAAAUAAAUGUUAUUUGUUGAUUAUUUCUAUAAUCCAGAGCUUUAGAAGAAAAAGACACGGAGGUGGUUUAUGCUUCCCCUCAUUUGGAACAAAAGAGGGCAGAGGCAGACCACUCUGUGCAUCAGCCUAAAAAAAUUACAGAAAAGAAAAUUAUCUUUGGCUUGUGCCACCCUAUAUGAAGGUGGCAGGAAGACAUUUUUAAAAAGCUUAUUAUUUCUUGCAUUAUUUUUAAAAAUUCUGAGUUGAAAUGCCUUUCAACCCUUCCCUUCUGUAGUCAUUUUCCUUGCUUUUCCACCCAAGAUUCAGCAAUCAGAUGUUUAUUGCACACCUAUUACCUAUUAUUUGUUGUUCUUGCAUGGUUCAAACCACCAUUCUGUAGCCACCCAUCCUUUGCCUUAUCUAACCAACUUUUUCCAGGAAGGUGGAAAAGGAAGUGUUGCCCUCAUUGUGUAACUCUAGUGCUGCUGUCCAUCCCAUGGAAACAUGGGCACAAUCAAGUAUUUGUCCAGCCUGUUGCUGGCUUUUCAUAACUUUAAAAUAAAUUGUGAUCAAUAAUAGUACAUUUGAUUAUACAUUUAUUAUUGUGUCUCUGAUGUACUGUGGAUUGUACAUUUAACUUUGGAAUGGCUUUGUAAUAAUCAGUCUUAAGAAAAUGUUGACAAGCUCUGGUUAUUUUUAGAAAAUGGGGACAUUUAAUAAAAAAAAAAAAGAGGGAUUAAUAGCUUUU